CCACCCAGAAGGGAGCUGCUCCUGCCGGCUCCGAUUGCCCUGCAGUGUGCUCUCUCCGAGGGCUCUACCCAGGACUGUCCAGCGACAAAAGUUCGCUCUCAGCUCCAUCUUCAUCUUCUCAAGGGCACCUUGCAGCCAUCCAGCUAUCAGUGGGGAAACUGAGGCAAAGAGAAAUGACCGCUUGGGACCAGGGUCCUGGCUCCCUAGACUGGGUCACUGCACCCUCCUUGCAGCCUGGGCGGUCCCAGAGCAGAAUGCGGCUCUGCCGAGGGGGCAGAACCCGACGCAGUCUCCCCACGGUUUGAACAGCCCGAGCCCAGGCUACCCAACCGCGCCGGUGGCGGACUCCGCACCAGAGCAGCUGGAGGCCCUGAUCGAUCUGCCCACCGGGGCCUUCGGGCCCGGGAUUCGACAUGCGGGAGGAGCCGCGGCCGCGGCCUCCGCCCUCGGGCCUCGCGGGUCUCCUGUUCCUGGCUUUGUGCAGUCGGGCCCUAAGCAAUGAGAUUCUGGGUCUGAAGCUGCCCGGCGAGCCGCCGCUGACCGCCAACACCGUAUGCUUGACGCUGUCGGGCCUGAGCAAGCGGCAGUUAGGCCUGUGCCUGCGCAGCCCCGACGUGACGGCGUCCGCGCUUCAGGGCCUGCACAUCGCUGUGCACGAGUGUCAGCACCAGCUGCGUGACCAGCGCUGGAACUGCUCGGCGCUCGAGGGCGGCGGCCGCCUGCCGCACCACAGCGCCAUCCUCAAGCGCGGUUUCCGAGAGAGCGCUUUUUCCUUCUCCAUGCUGGCUGCUGGGGUCAUGCAUGCGGUAGCCACGGCCUGCAGCCUGGGCAAGCUGGUGAGCUGCAGCUGCGGCUGGAAGGGCAGUGGCGAGCAGGAUCGGCUGAGGGCCAAACUGCUGCAGCUGCAGGCACUGUCCCGGGGCAAGAGUUUUCCCCACUCCCUGCCCAGCCCGGGCCCUGGCUCAGGACCCAGCCCUGGCCCCCAGGACACAUGGGAAUGGGGUGGCUGUAACCACGACAUGGACUUUGGAGAGAAGUUCUCUCGGGAUUUCUUGGAUUCCAGGGAAGCUCCCCGGGACAUCCAGGCACGAAUGCGAAUCCACAACAACAGGGUGGGGCGUCAGGUGGUAACUGAAAACCUGAAGCGGAAAUGCAAGUGCCAUGGCACAUCAGGCAGCUGCCAGUUCAAGACGUGCUGGAGGUCGGCCCCAGAGUUCCGGGUGGUAGGGGCGGCCUUGAGGGAGCGGCUGGGCCGGGCCAUCUUCAUUGAUACUCACAACCGCAACUCUGGAGCCUUCCAACCCCGCCUUCGUCCCCGUCGCCUCUCAGGAGAACUGGUCUACUUUGAGAAGUCUCCUGACUUCUGUGAGCGAGACCCCACCAUGGGCUCCCCAGGCACGCGGGGCCGGGCCUGCAACAAGACCAGCCGCCUGCUGGAUGGCUGUGGCAGCCUGUGCUGUGGCCGCGGCCACAACGUGCUCCGGCAGACACGAGUUGAGCGCUGUCAUUGCCGCUUCCACUGGUGCUGCUACGUGCUAUGUGAUGAGUGCAAGGUCACAGAGUGGGUCAACGUGUGUAAGUGAGGGUCAGCCUCACUGAGGGGCUGGGGAAGGGGAGGGGCACCUUUGCAGCCUUUUGCUCUGAUUUCUGUCCAGGGUCAAUCUUGGCCCCUGGAAGCUCAAGGUAUCUACCUGGAAACAGUUUUGGGGGUGGUAGGGGUCAGGUGGAGUCUGUGAUGUGUGGCCUUGUCCCCCGCAGUCGGGGGGCCUCGAGGGGGAGCUGUCACCCUCUUCUGCUCCUUGAACGUCCGAAUGGACUAAGAUGAAAUGAACUGUAUUGCCCCCCUCUACCCAACCUGGGGUCCCUUUAACUCUCAUUCACACUCCUUUUGGCUGGGGAGUCCCUAUAGUUUGACCACUCUUUUCUUUUGAGGGAUAGCCCCAGGCAUUGUGUGGAGCCAUAAGACCUGUAUCCAGAAGGAGACCACUCGCUCCUAUUUGCUGUUCCCAAACUCCUUUACUGCAGCCAGGGCCCCCUCUUAGCGAGUAAUGGGAGAUGGUUGUAGAGAGGUUUUUCUUAGGGAAGGGACAGGGCACAGGGUACUCAAAAACCCUGAAAGUUGUCUGUUUUGGCCCUUAGGGAAGCUGUCCCCCC